GCAUAGACCAGCUCUCAUAGCUACGACAAAACUCGACAGGGGUUACCUGGGCUAUCCAUGUACUCUACCUCACCGCUGGACUCUCUGUGCCACACACCCACUCAUGUAUUUGCUUCCGUGCUGAUCUCGCGAAUGCUUUUUAUAUUACGCUCAGACUCCCUCCCAGUUUGAUGUUCUCUCUUAACAUUGUACCACUCCUCACUUGAUCACUUCGCACGAUAUUCAUCAUGGCCGACAACUCCAUUCUAUACAUCAGUGAUCUCUAUUGGUGGACCAACGCCGAUCACAUUGUCGAGGCGGCAGCAAAGGCCGGCAUCAAGCUCGCCCGAACGGACAUUACAUUCGCAGAGCACAAAGUCAAUGGCAAAUCGAAAGGAAAUGUCCUGGUUGAAUGCCACUCCAUUCAUAACUCUGUCAAGCUCUUUAAUUGGUUCAGACACAAUGACUUUCACGGCAAGCGACUCGUCCCUUCAUACUACUCGCCCCAGCCCGGGCCCAAACAACAUUUCCACUCUUACGGUCCUCGACCAGCCACUGGAACCCAAGCCCUCCUCGCUCAUGGGCCCACCAACGCACACGGCGGAAUCAACUUCAACCGAGUCCGACCCAACGUGCGAUCUGGUGUAGCUCUCAAGCACACCCUUCGUGAGUCGGGGAGCGCCAAUGAGUUCCCCGCUAAAUACACCAGAGCCCCUCGCACAGCCUUUCGUCCCCGGAGGUUACGAGUCGAGUGAGUCGUUUCCGUUCUCCCUUGCACUGACGUCAGUGUACCACUACGCUUAGAUUGUAACCUCUUCCUUUCAUAUAUACCCGUCUCCUGUUGUACUUCCAUUCGCUGCCUCCUGGC